AUUGCAUGUACUAUUCAACUAGAUCAUCACACAGUACUACUCACACCCUCUUUCUCUUCUCUUCUAUAUUCUCUUUCUCUCUAUCUAUAAAUAUAUAGAAUUAUAUAUGCAAGACAUGCAUAUUUAUUAUAAUUAAAUGGGAGAGAUGAAUAAUAAGAAUAAGAAGAAAUUAUUAUUAGGUAAUUAUAGUAAUAUUUGGAAGAAGUUGAAACCUCAAGUGUUGAUGAUAUCAACACAACUUGGUUAUACAUUUCUUUAUUUCAUUACAGAAGCUUCUUUCAACAAUGGAAUGAAUCCUCAUGUUUAUAUCACUUAUAGACAUAUUGUUGCUGCCCUCUUCAUCUUUCCUUUUGCCUUUUUUCUUGAGAGAAAACAAAGGCCAAAGCUAACAUUCCCUCUAUUUGUUGAGAUUUUUAUUCUUUCACUCUUGGGGGUUGGUUUAACACUAAACACAUAUUUUGCAAGCUUGAAAUACACAUCUCCAACUUUUGUUGCUUCAAUGGUCAACACCAUUGCCUCCCUAACUUUUAUAAUUGCUGUUGUUCUAAGAUUAGAGAUAAUUAAUCUCCGAAAUUCGAGGGGUAUAGCCAAAGUUCUUGGAACCCUAAUCUCAUUAGGUGGUGUGAUGACCAUGACAUUGUACAAGGGACCAAUUGUGAGAAAUGUAUGGCCUCCAUUGAUCAAAAUUCAAGGUAGCAAUGGCUCUCAUGAGCAUUGGUUAAAGGGUUCACUUCUCACUGUCUCAAGCUGCAUCACUUGGUCUAUUUGGUACAUAAUGCAGGCAUACACAUUAAAAAGAUACCCAGCACAAUUAUCAUUGACCACGUGGAUGAGUUUCAUUGGUGGAGCACAAUCAGCUGUGUUCACAGUGUUUGUACAGCAUAGUCCUUCUGCUUGGACUAUUGGAUUUGAUAUUGACUUGUGGUCCAUACUAUAUGGAGGAGUAGUUUGUUCAGGUUUAAUAAUAUUCAUUCAACUAUGGUGCACUGAACAAAAAGGACCAGUUUUUGUGACAAUGUUCAAUCCAGUUGGUACUAUAUUGGUUGCCAUUUUAGCUUACUUUGUCCUAGGGGAAAGACUCUACACCGGCAGCAUACUUGGAGCACUUAUUGUGAUUGUUGGGCUAUAUAUGUUGCUAUGGGGAAAAGAUGGAGAUGAGAAGGUUGAAAUGAUAAUCUCAGAAGAAGAAGAAGAAGAAGAGCCAAACCAUAUUGAUCAUUAUAAUAUUAAUGCACCUAAAAUAAAAGACAAUAAUGGAUUACAUGUUGUUGAACCUUGAAAUUGCACUACUACUAUCAUAAUAAAUUAAACCCUAAUUUAGCUAGCUUUUGUAAGAACAAACAAGACUAUACAUAUAUUAUGAUGAUCAAUGUUGAUUAUUAUUUCUACUUGAUAUAUAUCUUGUAUGUCACAAUUAAUAUAAAUGGAUUUUAAUGAUGAUGAAGUGUGAAAAUAUAGCAAGGUAGAGAUUGGACUUA